AUAUAAACGUCACCUUGCUUCCUCCCACGUGCUUGCAAUAGUACGCUAUUCACAAUACAUUCACCACCUUCCGUACCUUAUUACAGAGUAUUCCUUUGCAAAUACACACAAACUCUUGACGGACGACCAAGAUUUUGGUACUUGGCCAACUCAUAAAAGGGGACAAGAAUGGCCUCCUUGGCAGCCACAGAGGGCGUGGAGGCCCACGACAGCUACUCUAGAAUGGAGCCGUUCUCGGCCAGCGAGACGGCGAUGGAGCGGGACCUCCGGCUCCGGGUUCGGGACUUUUACCGGACCAGCGAUAACAAGGACUUGAACGAGCGCUGGAUCGAAUUCUACACGCCCGAUGCCAAAGUGAAAAUUGGUCCGGCGGCGGCAGAGAAGCACGAGAACCUCCGUCAACUACGGGCGGACAUGUGGAGCUCUGUCGCGGCGAGGAAGCACUGGAUCACGAGUGCGAUCGGCUCCGCUACCGAAAAGGGUGUGCACGUCAUGCUCAAGGGGGGAGUUCGGAGGAAGGGGUUGGAUGGUGCUGAGAACGUCUUCAGCUGGGCGGGUAGCGCAGACUGGGUGAAGCAGGAUGGGGAGUGGCGGAUGGAUGCAUAUCGAGUUUGGCUCGACCAGUGGGCUCCCAUUGAGGGGGAACUACCUUCGGUAUCAGAGUUUUGAAGUGUGACAUAUGACGGCGCUAGCUGAAGCAGAAAUAUCCAGAAUUGAGCAGUGUGUCGAACAGCAAUG